CGCUGAAACUCGCGCUUCUUUCAUCGCCAAGUUAUUGGUAAAAAUAAGAACGGCGGUACACGACGGAAAAAGGUACACGACAUGUAGCUACAGAUUAAAAACGACAAUUUCCACGGAACGAUAAAAAACGUGAAGAAAGGAAGCGAUUAGAGAGACUGUGAUAUGAAGCUCCAAUGCUCAGCCAGCAGAAGCGCCAUUGCGGCCAUGAAGAACGAGUUUCACUCGGCCGAGCUUUUACACAGACCUCAGAGUUGUGUUCCCAAAGUGAGACCAAGCAGUGAAGAAUUCGUGUCUAAAUUGCUCGAUCGAAGAUGGGCAUUGCCCAGCCCUGAUACAAAAAUUCACCAAACAGUGCUUUCUUCCCCACAAGUACGAAGUAGAGAUGGACCAUUUGGUUACACAUCCCUAUUGAACAAUACUCAACCAGCGUUUGGUGAUGGCAUGAUGGCGAAGGAUGAGCAAAACCCAUCCUUCUAUAUUGUGAGGGAUGAUUUGUUGCAUCCAUUGGUGAAUGGUAAUAAAGCGAGAAAAUUGGAUGGACUGCUUCCUCUCAUUGAAGAGCAUACAGUCACUGACGUGGUUACUUGUGGAGGUUGUCAAAGUGCACAUGCAGCAGCUGUUGCUGUUUCAUGUGCCGAGAGAGGACUUAAGUCACAUUUGCUUCUACGAGGGGAGCAGCCUGAAAUUCUGACCGGCUAUAACCUGAUUUCAACAUUAUAUGGGAAUGUUACCUAUGUUCCAAGAUCUAUUUAUGCCAAUAGGGAAGAAAUGCUGAAAAGCCAUGCUAAUUUGGUCGCGGGAAACAGUGGUUGUGUUGUAUUGUUCAGUGAUAUUUUGGAAGCUUCUUUUACAACUCAAACUUCUAGUGCUUCAAACUUUCUGCAAAUGGAUGCUAAUAGAAGUGCUAAAAACUGUCCAAGAAAGGUUGUAAUUGUCAAUGAAGGCGCAGGGGAUGCUGUGGCCAUACUAGGUGUCAUUCGCCUUGUGCAAUACUUAUCCCAGAAUCAUUUACUUGGAAAAGAGAGGCCACUGAAAUUUGUUGUAGAUGCUGGUACAGGGACAACUGCUGUUGGUUUAGGACUUGGAGCCCUAUGCUUAGGGCUCCCUUGGGAGGUAACUGCUGUGAUGCUGGCUGAUACAGUUGAUGGUUACAAACAACAGGAGAAACGCCUGAUUUCCAGUUUCAAGAGGUGUUUCAGUUUUCAUCUUGUUGAUCACAGCUUAAAUGAACUUCAUGACGGAAUAGUAAAUUGGGUAGAACGUUGCCAUCCAAGAAAAUUUGGCAAUGUAUUGAAAGGGGAAGUAGAAGCAUGCCAACAAAUUGCGCAGCAAACUGGUAUUCUGGUGGAUCCCAUGUAUACUUUAGCUGCUUGGGAAAUGGCAGCACUCCUUAGUGAGAAGGAGGGGAAAGGGGCUGUAAAUGUGGUUAUGCUCCACACUGGGGGCACACUGGGCAUGUUCGGAUUAGCACAGAGGUACAGAUCUUACUUCCAUACGCUCAAAGAUGGACUUUCCAUUUAAAAGAUUACUAAUUUAACCUUUGUUUUCUCCACCCAAAAUUUCCUUUGGUCUGUGAUGAAAAAGUGUAACAAAAAAAAAAAAAAAAAAAUCAGUUUUUGUUAUAUACUCUGAUUCAUAUGUUGUUUUCCUAUUUUUGAUGUGUUAAUUUAUUAGUAUAUGUAUCGAGUAAUGUUGCUCUUCACACUAGAUGUUUACAUCAGUUUCACAUCGACUUAUGUGACGUGUUUUACGUGGAUAAUACUUUUAUUUUUUUGA